AUGGGUGAUGCUGAGAGCUGCCUGCUCAGACAACAGACACGCGAGGUCAGGAAGAAGCCGCUUAUAAAUUACCGCUUCCUCCGCGCCGCCGCCAGCGCCGAGCUCCGGGCCCUGGCCGCAGCCCCGCUCGCUCGCCAGCUCCGAGCCCCGAGGACCGCGAGCCCAGAGACCCAGCCACGCGGAGAAGGAGCGCGGAGCGCGGAGCCCGCGGGCCAGAGACCGAGCAGGAGGGCAGCCCCCGGCCAGUGGAACCGAGUGCAGCCGAGCGCAGCGCCGCGGCCACCCCAGGUCCAGAACAACAGCCCUUGCCGAGGAGCCUCCAAAACAAAGCGAGGAGGACAUGGCCACCAAGGAGAAGCUGCAGUGUCUGAAAGACUUUCACAAAGACAUCCUGAAGCCAUCCCCAGGGAAGAGCCCAGGCACGCGGCCCGAAGAUGAGGCCGAGGGGAAGCCCCCUCAGAGGGAGAAGUGGUCCAGCAAGAUCGACUUUGUGCUCUCCGUGGCUGGUGGCUUUGUCGGCUUGGGCAACGUCUGGCGUUUCCCGUACCUCUGCUACAAAAAUGGUGGAGGUGCAUUUCUCAUACCGUAUUUUAUUUUCCUGUUUGGCGGUGGCCUGCCUGUGUUUUUCCUAGAGGUAAUCAUAGGCCAAUACACCUCUGAAGGGGGAAUCACCUGCUGGGAAAAGAUCUGCCCCUUGUUCUCCGGCAUCGGCUAUGCCUCCAUCGUGAUUGUGUCCCUCCUGAACAUAUACUACGUCAUCAUCCUGGCCUGGGCCACAUACUACCUGUUCCAGUCCUUCCAGUCGGAGCUGCCCUGGGCCCACUGCAACCAUAGCUGGAACACACCCCAGUGUAUGGAAGACACUAUGCGCAGGAACAAGAGCCUGUGGAUCACCCUCAGCGCCAACAACUUCACCUCGCCGGUCACCGAGUUCUGGGAGCGCAAUGUGCUGAGCUUGUCUUCUGGAAUCGACGACCCUGGCUCCUUGAAGUGGGACCUUGCUCUCUGCCUUCUCCUUGUCUGGCUGGUCUGCUUCUUCUGCAUCUGGAAGGGCGUCAAGUCCACGGGGAAAGUCGUCUACUUCACGGCCACUUUCCCGUUCGCUAUGCUCCUGGUGCUGCUGGUCCGUGGACUGACGCUGCCCGGUGCAGGUGCAGGCAUCAAGUUCUAUCUGUACCCCGACAUCAGCCGCCUCGAGGACCCGCAGGUGUGGAUUGAUGCUGGGACCCAAAUAUUCUUCUCCUACGCCAUCUGCCUGGGGGCCAUGACCUCUCUGGGGAGCUACAACAAGUACAAGUACAACUCGUACAGGGACUGUAUGCUGCUGGGAUGCCUGAACAGUGGUACCAGUUUUGUGUCUGGCUUCGCAAUUUUUUCCAUCCUGGGCUUCAUGGCACAAGAGCAAGGGGUGGACAUUGCUGAUGUGGCUGAGUCAGGUCCUGGCCUGGCCUUUAUUGCCUACCCAAAAGCCGUGACCAUGAUGCCGCUGCCCACGUUUUGGUCCAUUCUCUUUUUUAUUAUGCUUCUCUUGCUUGGACUGGAUAGCCAGUUUGUUGAAGUCGAAGGACAGGUCACGUCCUUGGUCGAUCUUUACCCAUCCUUCCUAAGGAAGGGUUUCCGUCGGGAAAUCUUCAUCGCCUUCGUGUGCAGCAUCAGCUACUUGCUGGGGCUGGCGAUGGUGACGGAGGGUGGCAUGUAUGUGUUCCAACUCUUUGACUACUAUGCAGCUAGUGGUGUAUGCCUUUUGUGGGUUGCAUUCUUUGAAUGUUUUGUUAUUGCCUGGAUAUAUGGCAGCGAUAACCUUUAUGACGGUAUUGAGGACAUGAUUGGCUAUCGGCCUGGGCCCUGGAUGAAGUACAGCUGGGCCGUGGUCACUCCAGUUCUCUGUGUUGGAUGUUUUAUCUUCUCUCUCGUCAAGUACAUCCCCCUGACCUACAACAAAGUCUAUGUGUACCCCACCUGGGCCAUCGGGCUGGGCUGGAGUCUGGCCCUGUCCUCCAUGAUGUGUGUCCCCUUGGUCAUGGUCAUCCGCCUCUGCCAGACGGAAGGGCCGUUCCUCGUGAGACUCAAGUACCUGCUGACCCCGAGGGAACCCAACCGCUGGGCCGUGGAGCGCGAGGGGGCUACGCCCUACAGCUCCCGCCUGGCUGUGAACGGCGCUCUCAUGAAACCGACCCACAUCAUAGUAGAGACCAUGAUGUGAGCUCUCGGGCGGACGGGCUGCUUCCCUGCUGUUUACUAACAUUAGAUUCUCAUAGGACCAGGUUUACAGAGCUUUCUAUUUGCACUAGGAUUGUUUUUUUUAAUUGUCACAGAAAAUGUUACUCUGUGUGUGUGCGCGCGCGCGUAUGUGUGUGUGUGGGGGGGUGUGUGCGUGUGGUAUUGUGCGUAUGUGUAUUUUGUUUUGAUUUGGGGAUAUUUUGUAUAAAAAGAAAACCCACCGGCAGAUGUCCGGGGCGAGGCAGAGCUUUCGUAUUGAAUUAGAUGUAUUUUAUGGGAACUUGGUAAAUUUCUCUUUGUAUUUUUUUUUACGUAUAAUUAUAUAUACAUUUAGAGAUUGUCAUACACUUUUACCACUUGAAUUGAUCUUCUUGCCAGCAAUAGAUCUCGUUUUCAAAAGCAAUUCUUCGGUGCUUGCGUAGCUGGCAGAAAGUUCUGCCCCCAAAAACACAGGGUGGGAUUUUCCUGGACAGCAGGCCCAUUUUAAAGGUGUAGUACCUUCCCAACCUGGUUCACAUAGAAGCAUACAGCUGGGGAAGGGGAGGCCCCACGAGCUGGCCAGACCCAGAGAGGCUGGAGAAAAGAGGGCCAUGAGAAGAUGCAUCAUUACACUUGUCUUAGCCAAGAAGAGAGAUGCCAAAAUAAUGAAUCCACCCCUCACAUCAAGGAACUGACUUAAAGCAGACAGAUGAGGCCGGACAGCGGAAGUCUGAUUCUCUAGAAACCGUUGCACCAGGAGCAAAAUCCCACCUAAUACUUUGAGAUCGAGGGUGGAUAGUCAGAAGGACCAUCCGACAGAUUGUCAGAAUGGUUCAUCCGGGGGGGGGGGCCCGGCAAGAGCUCCCAGGAGGGCUUGGUGAGGAUGGUGCCCCGACAUUCAGGAGCCCUCAGGAGGCUGCCAGCGCGGCUGCCGCCCAGGGCAUCCCAGGUAGAGGUCUGAGGCCCGCCCAGCGGGAGCCGGCAGUCUCGGGGCUCCAAACCUCACACAGAUGGGGCUGUUGCAUUUUAAUGGGGUUCUUUAACCUUAAAGAACCUGGCCGCUCCCCAGCUGACAUCUCUUGCAGCUGUGUGGGGGAGAGAAGCAUGAUGUAUUCAGUGAGGGACGAGGGGUUGGCCGGCGGACCAAAGGGUGUGGGCCCAGGCGUUCAGGGAGGCCUGGUGUCAGGGAGGGGUGCUUUUCUUUCCUCAUCUCUCCCCCCCCCCCCCCGUUCUGUCCUCGUCUCCCAGAGGCUGGGAGACUCCUGACAAGCUCCCUGCCCAGGGCUGCCCCAGCUCCUCGCUGGGGGUGCCAAGAGUGCUUUUGGAGGCUCCCCGAGUCUUGGAUUCGGGUGAAGUGUUCCCAAACCCUCCUCCCCACUCGGGCACAAAAGCAGCCCUUGGUGACGACUCAGGAGGUGGUGAGGCCGUUCACAUCACAACCCCUGCAGCAGCCGGUGUUAGAUGCGCACUUUGUGGGGACCGAGGAGAGGAGGUGAGGGAGCGUUUUUUAGAAAGGUGGGACUGUUCAGGGGGCUGGCACCCCAGAACUGGUUUGACCACGAGCCUGAUGGAGAGUGGCAUUCCUCUGUGAACUAGGAGUGAAGGUACUCCACCUUUAGAAUCCUGACACGGACAUGUCUCCACCCAAGCCCCCAUUUGGACCUAAACUGUGCCAUUUAAACUGUCACUUCCAAGUUCAGAGUCUAAACUAAACCGAAACAUUGUCACGCAAAGACGACAGUGACUGCCUCGUGGGGUAUGGAGAGUGAAGUCCAGCUCGGGUUUUCAGAGCGGGGGCUCUCUGGAUCCUGGAACCCUCUCCCCAGAUUCGGGAGGGGAGGAGCCUCUGGUGUCCCCGUCCCCAGGGGCAGAGGCAAUCCUGAACCUCUUCUCUUUGGCAAGCAUUCACAUUUCACUGUUUCCAAAGCAUAUACUCUGCCAAACAAUACCCAGUCCUAUUCCAAACUGUUAACAAUUGUGUGUUCCUUUUUUUCUAUGUAUUUAUGGUUGCCGCUGUGUCUGAUUUGAUUUUUGUUGUUGUUGUUUCCUAAUUUUACUGAGUAGCAAUGUGACCUAUUUUCCUUUGUCUCAUGGAACUUAGUAAAUGUAACCACUGUCGACGAUUGGGGACAGGCGAUGUGUGGGGAUGAGGGGGGCUUGGCAAACUGUGGCUGCCUGGGCAUUUGUGGUCAUUUCAGGCUACAGUAUCUCCCCUCCGGUGAAAGGCUACAGUAUUUGGGGUUAGUAGGCAAAUUGCAACACUCUGGAAAUGGCCUGAGAAAGGCUUCUUCCUAUAAGAUUCGCAGACCAAAUUCUAGACCAAAGACACAUGCAGACCAAGUCCCCGGGCCCUGCCUGGAAGGAAGGUCAGCCACUUUACCCAAGCCCACUCCUCGACAAUCUCCCGGCGCACCUGUCUCCAAUUGGACCCUCUUGUCUACCCCCCUCGCCCUUGUGUAUCUGCAGAACUUGGCUCUGUGAGUACAAGGUGUAAUGAUGCGUGACUUUUAUAUGUCUCCACAUAAAGGCAACUUGUCAUUGGAGCUCAUGACUCUGGUCCUCCUGUCUCUGGAGAACAGGCAUUCCGCCCGCUCUCUGCCUUGGGAUGGGUCAGAAAUUCCGGUGCCCCCACGUAGCCCAGUCGGCUGGCUCUGAGAAGGGAUGCAAGGGAGAAGGUUAAAGAACUUUUUGAGGCUUCAGAAAUGGGUAAGGGCCUCAGGAUAAAUCUCACCCGGGGAGAUGCUUCAUCGAGCCUGACACGGGCCAUGUCAGUUCCUGCCGUGGACCUUCCUGCAUGGUCAAUGCCUCCCCGGUCAGCGCCCUUGUAAAAUGGGGGAAAUGAGGUCCGGAGUGAGGAAGACACUGGGCACAGAGAGCAGGGACUGGAGCCAGACUAUCUGCAGUCAGUUCCAGCUGCGGGUUCUCGAAGGGGUGUGUGGCGAGUGGUGAGUGCAGCUCCCCAUUGUUCUCCCUGAAGACCAAAGAUAAGCCUUUAUGAAAAAGGAAAGCUCUCUGUCCCCCAGCCUUCAGGGACGAGGAGAGCAGCACCCCCACCCUCUCACCAUCUUCGGGCCCACCGGACCUCACGCUGCGGCUCUGUGGGACAGGCGACUGCACCCAACAACCCUCUGAGCUAGGAAUUGAGAUCUCGAUUGCCUGUGAGGAAACUGAGGCCCAGUGAAGCCAGUUGGUGUACAGGAGGCAGUAUCCCUUAGGCAAGAUUUAGCCUGAGGCCAUGCAGGACAUUCCCAGGGAGCGAGAAGUGGCCUUGGGGGAUUUCUGGGUGACACACAGCCCCCUCUCUGCACCUCUGUUCCCUCAUUCUCACCCCAGAUCCCCAGCGCACCCCCCCAGAGAAGGUGGUGAAGCACAAGGGGAGUGAGCCUCCCUCAGCCUAGCACGGGGUGAUCUGUGACCCAGGUGCCAGCACGUAGUGGUCCAUGGCCCAGUCAGCAUCUUCCCAACACUGCCCUUCUGGACCAGACAAUGCUCUGGGCAGCCAGUGCUAAAGGCAGAGGUGCCUUCCUUCCCCUCAAGCCUCAGACACAGGCCAGGAAGGAUCCAAGAGAAACAUCGAGGUCCCAUCCGGCCCGAGACCCCAAUGUCAGGCAGCCCCAGGAUGGGCUGUCCGCGUGGAUGCUGUAAAUAGCACCGUGCAAAAAUCCCAACAAGCACAAACCAAACCAAAUCCCAGAUGUCAAAACUCAGAGAGGGGCGUGAGCAACCCGGAAGCCAGAGAACAGCAUUUCCCUCGCCCCCAGCACCCUGUUGACGCCUGGCCCUCAGAAUGCUCUUGUUUUAAUAGGAAGCUAUGUUUCAUUGUUCUCUUGUGGGUGUCACUACAGACGUGUUCUGACAGUUCCCUGAGGGAUGGAGCAUCUUGUUAUAUAUUUGGCUUCAAAUUGAGAUGUUGGCUCCAUUUCUUUCUCCCCCCCCCAAUUAAUUUUCAAAUCCCUAGCAACUGUGACUCUGUAUUUAGCACAAGAGAAAGCUGAGAACGUGGGUCUUGCCUCCUUCCAGAAAUAUGUCUGGCUCAUCAGGACUUUUUUUUAAAACUUCAAAAUAUUUUUAAGAUAUUUUAAACUUUUGUAAAAAAAAAAAUCAACCAACGAGACUCUUCUGAGGAGGAACAUUUGUAUCUGAAUAAGAUCCUUGGUGUGUAAUUCAGUCUUGCAGUAUACAAGCUUUUGUGUAUAAAUGUUUUAUGAUAUGAAUCCCUGUAUUUUGCAGGGCUUUUCUUUUCCUCUUUUGCUUUUUAGAUAAAUAUGUAUAUCAAUAUUUUAAAUUCAUCUUUGCUUUUUUUUAGAGGAGUUUGUAAUCACCUUAUAACAUGAAAAUAAACAUUUCCUUUUUAAAACCAA